AUGCAUAGGACGAUUCCCAUUGAGAAUGGGCAGCAAGUGGGUGUUGUGAUUGCGAGUUCGAUAUCAAUAUCGAUUGCGGUUGUUGCGGUGGGCUUGAGGCUUAUGGCGAAGAGGAUACGGAAUCGUGUUGAUGGGAGCGAUUGGUGUAUCGUUGUUGCUUGUCUGUGGAAUGCGGCUCUGCAUGGGACAUGCAUUUCGCUGGUUACACACGGCGGAUUUGGAUUCCAUAUUACGGAAAUCAUGCGGCGGUUUGGACCAGGAACGGCUACGUACUUCUUUAAGGGAAUCAUGACCUUCUCCAUGCUGUGGAACGCAACCGUAUGCUUCAGUAAACUCUCCAUCUUACUCAUGUACACGGCCUUGAUCCCCACACCCACCAUGAUACGAAUGAGCGUCACUUUCGGCGCCUUCAUCGUAGUAUGGUGCAUCGCAAACAUCAUGACCGCGUUCCUCAUCUGCCGGCCACUGGCGCGGAACUGGGACUUCACCGUACCCGGAACAUGCGGAAGUCAACCGGAUUUCUACUUUACAAUGGGAAUCAUCAAUCUCAUCACCGACGCCCUCCUCAUUGGAAUGCCCAUGCCAUAUCUCUACAAACUCGCCAUGCCAAUGCGCAAGAAACUCCUCGCUAUGGGUCUCCUCAGUAUCGGAAUAGGCACAUGGGCCAUAACCAUCUACCGCCAAACCCUCCUCCCCGACCUCAACUUCGCCGACAUGACCCACGACGGCGUCCUCGCAACUCUCCUCUCCGGCCUCGAACCCGCCGUCGCCAUUGUCCUCUCCUGCGUCCCCUUACUCCGCCCUCUCUUCGGCAAAUCACGCCACAACCUCGACUCCGGGUACCAAUACGGCAGCAGCAGCGGCAAGCAAAUCAGCUUCAUGUCGAAACGCGGUGCGGGCGCAUCGCGGGGGUUGGAUCCUACGGCCACGUUUUCAGAGCUUGUGGAUCAGACGAAUAAUUCGUCGCAGAUUGAGCUUAGGCCCGUCGAGGGCAUACAGCGAGUUUGCAUUUCGUCGGAUGAGGAGAGAGGGAAGGAUGGGAGGGGCAAUAUAUUGGGGGCAAAGGGGGGAGUGCCACCGAGAACGAUUAGUGUGGAGCGGAUGUGGGAGGUUAGAAGUCAGUGA